AUGAUCCUGCCCGCGCGCAACGCGCGGCGCAUGUUCGCAGAAUACGCCGGCGACUGGAGGAGCGCGGACUUUGACUUCACGAACUGCGGCCUCGACUCGGCCGCGGACGGCGCGGCGGAGGCGGAGCUGUCGCGCUCGCGGCUCCGGGCGGCGCGCUCGUCGUCGUCGAGCUUCCGGUCGCGGGAGCUCCGGGCCAGCGAGUCCGGCCGAUCGUCGGUGACCUUCGACGGGCCCGAGGGCGACGGCGCGCCCGCGAGCGACGGCGACGGCGCCGGCGCCGCCGCGAGCGACGGCGCCGCGGCCGCCGACGCCCGAGCCGGCGGCGGCGCCGCCGCGCCCGCGGGCGACGGCGAGCAGACCAAAGGCGGCGACGACGACGACGAGCGGGACCUCGCGACGGCGCGGCUCCGGGGCCUCUGGGGCCCCGAGCGGUCGAAGCGGCUCGGCCGCGAGCUCUCCGAAUACAGCACGGACAUGAUCGCCACGGUCUCCGACUCGCUCCUCGGCGCCUGCGAGGAGUCCUUCUACUCGCGGGCCAUGACGAAGUGCGCGCUCGAGCCCGCGCCGACGGUCGAGACGGCGUUGCUGUCCGUCGCGACGUUGGCGAUGAUCUUCGUGCAGAUCGCGAGCAUCAACACGAUCCGCCAGUUUUUGUGGUACCUCAAGUGGGGCGGCAUGGUCGACGCGCACGUCGACGACGACGCCUGGCUCGCGGAGACGUUCCGGGCCGGCGUGCCCUACCCCGUGGACUUCCACCACGACAUCGACGACGGCGUGCUCGCGGCCGGCGUGCCGUCGUUCCUCGUGCCGCCCAUGUUCUUCUGCUCUUUGUUGCUGGGCAUCACGGUCUCCGGGGCCAUGCGCGCGACGAAGGCGUCCUACGUGGUCCUGCGGUGGGCCGCGGCGCACGAGCUGGAGCACGUCACGCUCAGCGGCGCGGCGCACCUUUUUGUGGCGUGGACGAUCCACGUCGCGCGGUUGAGCCUCGUCGCCUACUUCGCGCUCAUCUCCGUGGCGAUCUUGGGCACAGCCGACGGGCCCUUCAACCUGCUGCUGAACUCGCUGGCCAUGUGCUUCAUCUUCGAGAUCGAGGUGUUGCUCCGCCACGACGUGCCCUCGCACGGCUUCUUCGGCGCGCUGGACCGGCGCGUCGCGACGCGGCACCUCGAGUGGCGCCUCGCGCUCCGCGACGUCUUCCGGGGCGUCGCCGCGGACGUGCGCGCGGCCGCGGAGCACCCGGCGCUGCGGGUGGUCUACCGCGCCUACGAGACGCUGGGAGAGCUCGCGCUCGGCGCGCUCGUGCUGACGGUGACCUGGGCCAUGCAGCGGCGGACGACGCGCGGCGACAUCGUCACGAACGACGACGACUGGGUCACGGACACGCCGGGCCUCACGCGCAUCUACAAGGGCUGCGGCCUCGCGAUCUUCUCGCUCCUCGUCUUCGACUGCCACUUCGCCUGGUUCUUCGCGUCCAAGGACCGGCGGAAGCGGCCGUGGCUCCGGGUCCUCGCGUUUUUGGUGGACCUGGCGGCCGUCGCGGUCGUCGUCAUCGUCGCCGUCGAGUGGGCCGUCGGCUGGCUCAUGAGCUGGAACCUCUCCGCGAAGAGCCACCCCUUCGAGUGGACCGAACUUUCCAUCGCGCCGAAGCGGCCCGCGGACUACGACGACUACUACGCCUACGACUACGCCGGCGACUACGGAGGGUAA